UGUGUGUGUGUGUGUAAUCUCUGCUGUUAUCGCUUGGAGAUUCAAAUCUGAGUUUGGGAUAAGAAGUGGAGCCCAUCUAAAGUCUGACUGCACAAAAUUAAGACUGGACUGUUGAUCCUGUGAACGAUGGAUGAAGAUCUGAAAAAGACGAACCCUCACAAUGGGAGCCUCUCAGGGGCUUUGGAUGCCAAAAAGCCCGAUCAGCCAAAAGCAGCAGUUCUGCAGAAGAAUGUGGGUCUCUUAAGUGGCAUCUGUCUGAUAGUGGGAACAAUGAUCGGCUCGGGGAUCUUCAUUUCUCCCAAAGCAGUUCUGGAGGGGACUGGAGCAGUGGGUCCAUGUCUGUGUGUGUGGGCGGCGUGUGGAGUGCUGGCUACGAUGGGGGCCCUCUGCUAUGCUGAACUAGGCACAAUGAUCAUGAAGUCUGGUGGAGAGUAUCCGUACCUGAUGGAGGGUUUUGGGCCAUUGCUGGCAUACCUAUAUUCCUGGAGCACGAUCGUCGUGUUAAAGCCUUCGUCAUUUGCCAUCAUCGCCCUGAGUUGUGCCGAAUACGCCUCCACACCGUUUUACCCAGGGUGCACUCCUCCUCAAGUGGUCACCAAGUGCCUGGCUGCAGCUUGUAUCUUAAUAAUUACAGUCAUCAACUGUCUGAGUGUGAAGCUGGCCUACAGAGUGCAGAACUUUUUCACAGUAGCCAAACUCUUGAUUAUUGUCAUCAUCGUGGUUUCAGGCAUCGUUCUGCUGGCUCAAGGCAAUACCCAGAAUCUCAAAGACCCAUUUGCAGGCGCAACAACAUCAUUUGGAGCAAUUGGCCUUGCAUUUUACAACGGACUAUGGGCUUAUGAUGGAUGGAAUCAGCUUAACUUCAUAACAGAAGAGCUGAAAAAUCCGUACAGAAACCUUCCCCUGGCAAUAAUUAUUGGGAUUCCCCUGGUAAUUGUGUGCUAUAUAUUUGUCAACAUUGCAUAUUUCAGUGUCAUGACCCCUACUGAACUUCUGCAGUCUCCUGCCGUUGCUGUGGUGCCGAUAGUCAUCCCUGUUCUGGUGGUGAUUGUGUCCUGUUACCUGGUUCUUGCUCCCAUCAUAGAAAAGCCUGAGUGGGAAUACCUGUACUGCACAAUGUUCAUAGUCGGUGGUCUUCUCUUAUAUGUACCUUUCAUUUACUACAAAUUCAACUGGACUCGCUGCAUCAUGAGGCCACUCACCAUGCACCUUCAGCUGCUACUGGAAGUCAUUCCACCUGAAAAGACUGAGUGACAGAUAUCACACUGGAAGAGUCACACAUGUAAUAACCAGCAGCAGUGGACCACACACUGAUCCAUGGAAAU